GAGUGAUAUAGUAUUCGAUUUCGGGUUUAACUUUGACCCAACUCGAAACCCAGAGAAAACAGAAACGACGAAUCACAAUCGAAACAUUACCUUAACUCCUAUGUCAAUCUCGGAUCGCGCAACCCAACCCGGAUCCAUCGCCGGCGAUUUCCCUCCCGAUCCGCUUCUCUCCACCGGCUCCUUCAUCUCCUCGCCCACCACCGCCGGCGACGGAACCCUAGGAGGAGGAACGCAACCACCGAUUCAGGGAGGAAGCGAAGCAAUCGGGAGGUCGGAUCAGGUGAAUCCGUCGCCGGAUAACUCGGAAUCGAAGUCGCGGAAGCGUUCGGCGCCGUUAGACAACUGGCUGCCUCCUGGCUGGAGAGUUGAAGACAAGGUUCGAACCUCCGGUGCUACAGCUGGCACCGUGGACAAGUACUAUCUCGAACCAAUCACAGGGCGUAAGUUUCGGUCCAGGACCGAAGUACUGUACUACUUGGAACAUGGAACCACCCCUAAGAAAGGAAGCAAGAAAGCUAAGAACACCGUUUCCAGUUCAGGCCAUCUGGAAGCGAAAGGAAGGAACAAGUCCAGCAGAAAGGCUAAAGAGCCGCCGCCGCCGCCAUUGCCGCCAUUGCCGCCAUUGAAGUUUGAUUUUGAGGAUGCACCAGAGAAGGUAAGCUGGUGUAUGGAAAACGCAGGAGAAGAAGCUUGGACACCUUUUAUUGGGGACGGCAGGGUUCAAGACUCAGUGAGACGAGAUUGGUGCACUGCCUUUACAGUCAUCACUACCAAAAACCCAAGUAGAUGAUUUACAAGGUGGCGAUUUUUUUGGGGGGUUGUUGCAUGAUAUGAUUGCAUCUAUUGAAAGAUUAACGGAGAUGGUAGUAGGGCUAUUUUGACUGGGUGAUGUUUUGCUUCACAUGAUUUUAGUUAAGUUGUACUGUAAUAUGAUAAUGGGAUAUACACAUCUUUGUUUGCCUUUGGCAAGUUAUGGACAUCAUUUUUUGACUAGUAAAAGGAUGAAGACUUUAUUCA